AUGUCGUCGUCACUGGGAUUCGGUAUUGCCCAGGAAACACUGACUGAUAUUCGUGCCCCAUCCAUCUAUGACGAUACGAAUAAUACGUUUAUUUCCCAGCUCUUCAUUUGUGCCGUACAACCGCCGUAUUCCUACUUUUGCGUUUGGCAUCCGUCGUUCACCAUUCCUAGAAACAUCGACACCCCUAUACUCCUUUUCCACAUCUUACAUGUUUGCACUAUUUCUGUCGAACGUUCACCAAUUUCGCUCCGUUUGCCAGCAAAAUCUUCAAAAUCUGCAACACUAAUGCUCUUACCAAUCUUCCCUGUCCACUGUCUCCAAGCGUCUAGUGGUGUCACAAGCCGCUCCGAUCUCGCAGGAUGUAAAGUUGUUGAAGCCUCUGCUUCGUCCCACAAUAACUUCGGUGCAAUUAACAGACCACUUGAAAUAUGCCCAACCCUCAUUCGCACAACACUGUACAAAAUCGGGCAUCCUAUGUCCCGCCCACGUAUGAAGCAGACGUAG